AGGGUUGGCAACACUGAAAAGAUAAUGUCAUAUUCAUGUUUCCAUUCGACGUUUCCCUUUUCCGUGUGGCAUGGUGUCGGACUAAGGUGAAUCAAGAUGCAGAUCUUCGUAAAGACCCUCACGGGUAAGACCAUCACCCUUGAGGUCGAGCCCUCCGAUACCAUCGAAAAUGUCAAAGCCAAGAUCCAAGAUAAAGAAGGGAUCCCACCUGAUCAGCAGAGGUUAAUCUUCGCCGGUAAGCAGUUAGAAGAUGGUCGCACGCUCUCAGACUACAAUAUUCAGAAGGAGUCCACAUUGCACUUGGUGCUCCGCCUGCGUGGUGGCGCCAAGAAACGUAAGAAGAAGAAUUACUCUACGCCAAAGAAGAUCAAGCACAAGAAGAAGAAGGUCAAACUGGCCGUGCUUAGGUUUUACAAGGUUGACGAGAACGGCAAGAUCCACCGCCUCCGCCGCGAGUGCACGGGCGAGCAGUGCGGCGCGGGCGUCUUCAUGGCCGUGAUGGAGGACCGCCACUACUGCGGCAAGUGCCACAGCACCAUGGUCUUCAAGGACGACGACAAAUGAAUAGGCUAAGACUCGCUCAGACCGCUGUGUAGGAUGGAUUUGAAUAAAUCUUGACACGGUGUCAGAGUA